AUGAAGAAGCAACAGCAGGAGAUGGUCCCCGAGAUGGUCCAGCUCGACCGCUCUGCUUCCCAUUCUCCCUUCUGGCGCACCACCUCCAACACCUCCAACGCUUCGACGCAGAGCAAGAAGGUCAUCGGCGCCUCCUACUCGCACGCCGACAUACUCAGCUUCGGCUCCCUGUCUGUCUCGGGCUCCACUUCGCGCCCUCGCACUCCGCCGUCUGCUGGCCACAGUCGCGACUCCAGCACCGCGCCACGCCGGACGAGCAGCAACGUUUCGCCCCGUGCCGCCCGCGACACCUACGGCAGCUUCCUUCGCCAGUCCAACAACGACUGGGGCGCCGACGACCAGGACGAUGGCGACAUCAUGUUCGAAGACGAUGAGGACGAGUUCGGCCUUCCUAGCAUCGCGAAUGCGCGCAGGAAGGGCCGGCGCAAAGAACCCUCAAAGGGAAGGGAGGUGGCGGGGACCUACGCGCACACUAGGAACGGCCUGGGCUCUGCUGGCUCAACCGCAUGGCGCAGCAUAGACAGCGGCGACAUUGCCGAGGAGCGAGGCAUUCCCAGCUAUCCCACUGCCAAGAAGAGGGAAGGCAAGAUACUGCGACCGCAAUACCAGGAGAUCCUGCGCGAUCCGGCAAACUCCAUGCACCUGAUCGAGCAUCCAUCCCUACCACCCAACGCUACCGCAAAACAGAUCGAGGAGUACUCCGCGCGAACCACCCGGAUAAACAAGUUCAAGAGGAUUUUGCAAGCGAGCACCAUAUCUCUGUCAGAUCUGCGCGACUCGGCAUGGUCGGGAGUGCCGUCCGAGGUACGCGCAAUGACAUGGCAGGUUUUGCUGGGUUAUCUUCCUACCAGCAGCGAACGAAGAGUGGCCACACUGGAGCGCAAACGCAAGGAGUACCUCGACGGUGUUCGUCAGGCUUUUGAAAAGGGCACGGCUGGCAGCACUGGCGCGGUGGCAGCUGGGAUAACACGCGCUUCCUCGUUUCCAUCGACCAUUCGUGGGCGAGGCAGAGGCCUGGACGAAGCCAUCUGGCACCAAAUCAGCAUCGAUGUACCACGCACCAACCCGCAUCUCGAGCUGUACAGCUACGAGGCUACACAACGCUCCCUAGAGAGGAUACUGUACGUCUGGGCGAUACGACACCCUGCUUCAGGCUACGUACAAGGCAUCAACGACCUCGUCACCCCAUUCUGGCAGGUCUUCCUUGGCGCCUACAUCUCCGAUCCGGAUAUCGAAUUCGGCAUGGAUCCUGGACAGCUGCCCAAGCAGGUUCUCGAUGCCGUCGAAGCUGACUCGUUCUGGUGUCUGACGAAGCUCCUCGACGGCAUCCAAGACAACUACAUUGCGCAUCAACCAGGAAUUCAACGGCAGGUGGCUAGCUUGAGAGAUCUUACCACACGCAUCGACGAUGGCUUGGCCAAGCACCUGCAAAAUGAGGGUGUUGAAUUCAUACAGUUCAGCUUCCGUUGGAUGAACUGCUUGCUCAUGCGCGAAAUCUCGGUCAAGAACACGAUACGGAUGUGGGACACGUACCUCGCUGAAGAAGACGGUUUCUCGUCCUUUCAUCUUUACGUAUGCGCAGCUUUCCUCGUGAAAUGGUCGGAUCAGCUGCGGAAGAUGGAUUUUCAAGAAGUCAUGAUGUUCUUGCAGUCCUUGCCAACAAAGCAAUGGACCGAAAAAGACAUCGAGCUACUCCUGAGCGAAGCGUUCAUCUGGCAGAGUCUGUUCAAAGGAAGUGGAGCGCACCUCAAGAACACCAGCUCGAGAGGAGUUGGCAUGGGCCCUGAUUUCUAG